CAUUUUAAUGAGGCAAUCUUGAAAUGUGUACCAGUGAAGAAUCACCGGGUGUGCCCAAGGUAAUUCUGUUUCUUGUUUGUUUGUUUCAGCACAGUAUUUUACAGUCUUAAACUUUAUAGUAUCAGACAGUGAUACUGCCCCGGUCUAUUGGUGGAGCAGCAUUCUCAUUCUGUGAUUGCAGAAGAAGAGACUUAACGCUGGUUAGAAAGCAGAAGAAAUGCUAUUUUAUGCCUCUUAAAAAGUCGGACCUUGAGCCAAACAAGUAGUUGUAUUAUCCUCUGCGUAAAAGUUGUGCAUCGUGACCUUGCGCAAGUCUUUGAAGAUGUGCCACUAGUAUAUCUUAGACAUUUUAGAAAAACAGCACACACGCACUUAUUGAAAAUGACAAGGGAUAAUGGAGAUAUCAUGGAGUCACUCCCUUUGUUGAAAGACAGACAUGAGCAAAUUAAGCUUCCAAGCAAAACGUUGCUGUUGGCUGUUUGGGCAGCUUGCAUAGGCGGGACGUUUCAGUAUGGAUAUAAUGUAUCUGUUAUAAAUGCUCCGACAAAGGCUGUACAGUCGUUCAUGAAUGAAACAUGGAUGGAGCGAUACCAAACUGCCAUAUCAGAGCAGAAGCUUACUCUCUUGUGGUCAGUCACUGUGUCUAUUUUCACAAUCGGAGGGCUUGUCGGUUCAUUGGUCGGUGGGACAUUGGCAAUUAAGUGUGGGAGGAAAGGGACACUGUUAAUCAACAAUGUCUUUGCUAUACUGGCCGCUUUUCUUAUGGGUAUAAGCAGUCCUACUGGUUUGUUUGAACUGCUCAUAGUUGGACGUUUUCUAACAGGUGUAAAUGCAGGUAUUAGUUUAUGUGUGCAGCCCCUCUACCUGGGUGAGAUUGCCCCACGGGCACUGCGUGGAGCCAUGGCCAUGGGCACGUCAAUAUUCAUCACAGGGGGCAUCUUCACCGGACAGGUGGUGGGACUGAAAGAGUUGCUUGGGAGAGACGGGUACUGGCCCAUCUUGUUGUCCACCACCUGCGUCCCAGCAGCAAUUCAGCUGGUCAUUCUGCCCUGGUUUCCAGAAAGUCCCCGUUACCUACUGAUUGACAAAGGAGAUGAACGUGCGUGCAAUAAAGCACUGAAACAGCUUCAUGGUGCAGAUAAAUACCAUGGAGAGAAGGCAGACAUUGAAAGAGAGAGAGUUAAUGCUAUUGGAAUCAAACCUAAGAAGCCCUGGGAACUCUUCUCUGACCAGAGCCUCCGAUGGCAGCUCGUCACCAUUAUUUUCAUUAACAUUUUCCAGCAGCUCAAUGGCAUCAACGCUAUCUAUUUCUAUGCAGAUUAUGUCUUCACCGAGGCAGGAAUUCCACAGCAAAGGAUACCAUAUGUGACAUUAGGUACCGGGGCUUGUGAGUGUAUGACUGCCCUCACCUGUGGCAUGUUGAUUGAAUCGCUGGGGAGGAGAGCUCUUAUCAUCGGAGGAUACUCACUCAUGGCCGUCUGGUGUAUCUGCUUCACACUCACGCUCACCUUUCAAGAUGUCAGCCCAUGGGUGCCGUAUCUCAGUAUGAUCUGUGUCUUCGCUUUCAUCCUCAGCUUUGGCUUGGGACCAGGUGGCGUCACAAACAUAUUGGCCGCCGAGCUCUUCACGCAAACUGGGCGUCCUGCUGCCUACAUGAUCGGCGGCUCUGUUAAUUGGCUGAGCUUUUUCUUAAUUGGCAUGGCAUUCCCAUUUAUUGUGAAUGGGCUCAAGCAGUACUGCUUCCUCGUUUUCUUGGUCGUCUGUGUCAUGGUGGCGACCUUUAUAUUCCUCAUAGUUCCAGAAACCAAGAAUAAAACCUUUCUGCAGAUUCAUGCAGAGUUCCAGUCCAGGGGUAAGAAGAGGAUAAGCAAAGUAGAUGGGGCUGACGGGCCAGGAACAACUCUGUUGUCGACCUCUCUGUGAGGAGAACUACCAUUCUGAUGCAGCCUAACAUGCGUCUCUGGUGUUUACUUGAAAACUUAACAAAGUCGUGUUAAUGCAAAAAGAUCAUAUACUGAUAAAAGGAAUAAUUUCCUUGUCAUAAUCUUACUAACUCAAAUCAUCAGCUAACAGACAUAAAAUACAACAAAGGAUUACUUUUCUUCUGGAAAAGGAUGACAUUUAGUUUGGACAUUAGUGUUGAGGCUAAGAUGUCUCUUGUCUUUUUUAUAAUAUCUUCUGUUUGUAAUGAUCUCUACGGUAUUUGUAUGAUGUAUGACAAAGAUUUUUAAAAAAGAGACCACAUUCACUUUAGAUGCAGUUAUAUUCUCAGUCACAGAUUAUAACCAUAUUCCCAUAUAACAGUGGAGGAAAAUGACAA